AUUAUUGCAGCCUAUAAAUAGCUGAAAGAAUGCGGCUACUACAGCUGCCAUCACACUCCCAGAGCACCAGGGAGGAGAAGUCUUUUUUUAUAUUUUCCUCCCUUCCCUGCCACGUCCCCCCAACUUCCUGCAACAAAGAUCCUCCUCCAGCCUAAUCCUGACACUGUGUGGGAAUGUGCCAGCCACCGAACACACCUCACCUGUAUUUACAAUGCAGAUCAUCCAGCGUCAUGUAAAAUAAGAGGAAUCUGGAAGUGAGUGACUCUUCACUAUGGGCCUCCGACCAGUUACUCUCCUAUUAUCUGCUACGGUCUCCUUACUGGGCGGACUGAUAUUUGGGUACGAACUAGGAAUAAUUUCUGGAGCCUUACUUCAACUGAAGAAUGAUUUUCAUCUUACCUGUUUCCAACAAGAGGCGCUGGUGAGCGCAGUUUUAAUCGGCGCCCUUUUUGCAUCGCUCAUAGGAGGAGUCCUGAUUGACCGAUCCGGACGGCGGACGUCUAUACUGGCCAGCAAUGUGGUGGUGUUGGCGGGGAGCACGGUUUUAAUAUUCUCAUCAUCCUUUUGGUCUUUGGUGGUCGGACGCGUCACCGUUGGGUUUGGCAUAUCUAUAUCCUCCAUGGCGUGCUGCAUAUACGUUUCGGAAAUUGUCAAACCGCAUCAGAGAGGCACACUUGUGUCUCUUUACGAAACUGGGAUUACACUUGGAAUUUUACUUUCCUACGGCAUGAAUUAUUUCUUAUCUGGUGCACACUGGGGAUGGAAAUACAUGUUUGGGUUGGCAAUUUCACCGGCUAUCUUACAGUUCAUCAGCAUUCUGUUCCUCCCAUCAAGGCCCCCCAAAGUAAAUGUUUUAGGCCAAGAAUCUCCACAUGGUCUCAUCCCACUACAAAAUAUUCAGGAAGCUGAAGACAUCAAGUCCACAUCCUCCGGUAGAGAUUAUGCUUUCCUUGACCUCUUUCGUUCAAAGGACAACAUGCGGACAAGGACGUUGGUGGGUCUAGGUCUAGUUCUGUUCCAACAACUAACUGGCCAACCAAAUGUGCUUUAUUACGCGUCAACCAUAUUUAAGUCUCUGGGUUACCAAAGCAACUCUUCUGCGGUCUUGGCUUCUGUAGGUCUUGGCGUUGUGAAGGUCCUCUCGACGUUGGUUGCCAUGAGUUGUGCUGACAAAGCAGGGCGGAGAGCCUUGCUUCUGGCUGGAUGUACGAUGAUGACCCUUUCGGUGACCGGGAUUGGCCUUGCAAGUUUCACGAUCAAUCUGGAUACUCACAAGGGCUGCGAAUCCCUCGCGCCAAUAAAUUCAACUCUUGACCUCUCAAAUGCUUCUGUUAAAUUAGAAUCCCUCGGUGACAUAACUGCAUCCUUUGAAGCCCAGCACAGUGUCCCGGUGACCAGGAUGCAGGGCUCCACCACACUGCUCUUCACCAAGAAUGCAACAUGGCCGUCUCUUCGCUCCUCUGCGUUGACGGCGUAUUCAUCUGACUCCAGUGAGCUGGCAAAAUACCCAGAAUCCUUUACUAGAGACCAGACACUCUCCGGUCACACUGGGUUGACCUGGAUUACCCUUUUGAGUUUAAUGGCGUUCGUAAGUGCUUUUUCUAUUGGAUUUGGACCAAUGACCUGGCUGGUCCUCAGUGAGAUCUACCCUGCAGAAAUACGAGGAAGGGCAUUUGCCUUCUGUAACAGUUUAAACUGGGCAGCCAACCUGCUGAUCACAUUGACAUUCCUAGAGGUUAUCGAAUCUAUAGGUCUGUCUUGGACCUUCCUCAUGUACGGCUUGAUGGGAGUGGUUGCAAUAAUAUUUAUUUACUACUUCAUUCCGGAGACAAAAGGACGUUCUCUGGAAGAGAUUGACAAAGAAUUCUCUGAUAAAAGGUUCCUCUCAGGAAGACCGGUGUGGAGUAAUUGUUGCGGGGAACACUUUUCUAGCCCUCGGUACCAAAGAAUGGGGCAGUCGACCACCUCCGACUCCAGCUCAUCUAGCUGCUCCUGAUUAAGUCAUUGAAGGUAGCCGGAGAAGAGUUCUGGAGAAGAGUGCCUCAUCACAUCCUGCAAUCUGAUAAAACCGCGAAUGAAAAAGAAGGCCCCGGAUGCUGUCUGGAGACACAUUUUUAGAAUUUGUUCUACCUUCAGUGGACCCUUGGUUUAAGAGUAACUUGGUUAGAGAGCGUUUUGAUUUGUGAGCAACUUUUUUUUUAAAUUCUGACUCGGU